CUCACGUAACUGGUUGUGUAAAGGAAAAUAGCGAGCGCGGUUGUCUUGACUGGGCUGCUGAGGCUUUAGUCUGUCAUUUAUUUCGAUUUAACUUCGCAUUUGUGCUGAUUUGACCCUUUCCAGUCGAGCCGAAGCAGCUUUACUUGAAGUUUUACACCUCGCAUGCUGCACUGUGUCUGGAGGAGCUCAUCUCGAAUCUCGCAGCUUCUCAUUCAACCCAAUCCUAGGCCCAUCACGGUAGUUUACUUCACUAAUUCACUCACCAGUGAAACCACCAUGUCAGACAAGAAACGCAAGGCAACAUCUGCAGCAGCUGCUAAGGAGCCCAGUGCCAAGCAGCCCAAGCUGGCCCCAGCGAAGGAGGAGAAGAAGGCUGCAGGGUGGCUGCAGAGCCUGGUGCAGCAGCAGAGGUCAGAGAAUAACGACAUGAAAUUCAACAAAAAGCGCCUGCGUUUCAUAUCUGAUGCAGUAAAGAUCAAGCAGGGCUUAGAGGGAGUCCUGUACUGGAUGUUAAGAGACAACAGAGUGCAAGAUAACUGGGCACUGAUUCACGCCCAGAGGCUCGCUAUGAAGGAGAACCUCCCUCUACAUGUGUGUUUCUGUCUGGUGGUGCCCAAAUCACAACUGUCCACUUUGAGACACUUCAGCUUCAUGCUGAAGGGGCUGGAAGAAGUAGCAAAGGAAUGUAAACACUUAGGCAUCCAGUUCCACUUGCUUCAUGGUGCACCAGGGGAAGUUCUGCCUGGCUUUGUGUCUGACCGUAGCUUUGGGGCAGUCGUGACGGACUUCUACCCCCUCAGAGAGCCACAACAGUGGUUGAAAGAUGUCAAAAAGAGACUUCCAAAGGAAAUUCCCCUCAUACAGGUUGAUGCCCAUAAUAUUGUUCCCUGCUGGGAAGCAUCACCUAAACUUGAGUACGCCGCCAGGACCAUCAGGGGAAAAAUUACCAAGGUUUUGUCUGACUUCCUCACUGAUUUUCCUCUGGUAGAGAAACACCCCCACGCUGCUACAAGAGCCGCCAAACCAGUUGACUGGGACAAAACUCUCACCUCCCUGUCAGUAGACAGAACAGUAGGAGAAACUGAGUGGGCUAAACCAGGCACCAAAGCAGGGAUGGCCAUGCUGGAGUCCUUCAUUGAUGUACGUCUUAAACUGUUCGACGCGCAACGCAACGACCCGAACGCUCCCGCCCUCAGCCAGCUCUCCCCGUGGAUCCGCUUCGGCCACAUUUCUGCCCAGCGUGUGGCUCUGCAGGUUCAGCGCAGCGGGAGGACAGCAGGUGUUUCUGUCGCCUCCUUCAUCGAGGAGCUGGUGGUGCGCAGGGAGCUGACGGACAACUUCUGCUUCUACAACGAGAAAUACGACAGCGUGGAGGGUGCGUAUGAGUGGGCUCAGAAGACCUUAAAAGAUCAUGCCAAAGACAAGAGGCCGUACCUUUACACAAAGGAGCAGCUGGAGAAAGCAAAAACUCAUGACAAGCUGUGGAACGCAGCCCAGUACCAGAUGGUUAGCGAGGGGAAGAUGCAUGGUUUCCUCAGGAUGUACUGGGCCAAAAAGAUUCUGGAGUGGACUUCUUCUCCAGAGGAGGCGCUAUCCAUCGCUCUCUACCUCAACGAUCGCUACGAGCUGGACGGUCAGGACCCCAACGGCUUCGUCGGUUGUAUGUGGUCUAUUUGCGGCAUCCAUGACCAGGGAUGGGCAGAGAGGCCUAUUUUUGGAAAGAUCCGCUACAUGAACUACAAAGGCUGCCUUCGGAAGUUUAACGUAGCCCAGUUUGAAAAAAAAUACUGCCCAAAAAAUCUCUGAAGCAUGACACAUUUUGAAGGAUGUAUAUCUCCUACACCUUCGCCUCAGGGAGAUUUUCUUUAUUUACAUCCUUUGUAGCAGUUGAUGUUUUUCUCUUCUUUGUUUAUCACUGUUUGUUUUAUCAAAAACCCUCUGUCUAUUAUUGCCUCAACUGUUGUUUUUUGUUACAUAUACAGGGAGCUGGUGUCUCUUUUUAGUUGAUGUUUCUUUAUUAGCAUGAGAAAGAGGUUUUUAUUUUGUGCUUGUGAUGCUUUUUAUACUGGUUAGGACUGCUAUUGUUCCUUUCAUUUUACACAACAGAUGCUGUUUGUGGUCGCAGUUCAACGACUGCUUCACAACCUGCUGUUGCUGCUCUUUCAUACAAUUAAAGUCAUAUCAAAACACAA